AUGGCUUCGCCCACCACCAAUCUCCCUACCCGCACGGUAACGAAUGCCACCGACGAUGCGAUUCCAGACGAGGACAGCAGCGAAGUCACCAAGCUCUUUCACGAGCGUCUGCAAGCGUACAAACACGCGUGUGCGUACCUCGAAGACUACAUCAAGGCCACCGAGAAAGUCUUUACGGACAACUCAAAGGACUACGAUAAAGUUUUGAAGGUCGUGAGCAGCCCUCUCAAGGAAGGCCACCACUUCGAUCAGAACUUGGGCGGUAUCGCUGGACUCUUCGACAACAUCCGCACCAACACCCAAGGUAUCGCCAACAGCAGCACCGAGACUGGCAAGACUCUGAAAGGUUCAGUCCUUCCCAUCUUUGAGCGACUGCACACCGAGAUCAAGAACAAAACCAAAGAGCUCAACAAAGGCGCUGGCAAGGGCUCGAAGUCGGUGGACAAGUCCCGCAACACUACGCAGAAGCACAUCGAGUUGCUUGGACAGCACACGGCGGCCCACGAGUCACACGGCGGCUCAAUCAAGGCCGAGAAUGACCCAUACGUCUUGCAUCGUCAAGUCUACCAUCGCCUUAACAAGCAGAUCAUUGAGGAGAACAACAACCGCGAUGAUAUGAUUGCGGUACAGAACAACUUCGCCCAGUUCGAGACGAGCAUCAUCCAGGGCUUCCAGAAUGGGCUCGCCCAGUUUAACCAAGUCGUUGCCAACGAUGCAGAGCAGCGCAGGAACAUGUACGGUGACAUGCUCGGCACGGCUCAACGCGUUGGACCAGACUUCGAGUGGAACGGGUUCGUGCAGAGAAACGCUACGGUACUCAUUGAUCCCAAUGGACCGAAGAGGACUGUCGAGAGCGUGGGAUUUGCGAACCAGGACCAUCGAUCAACCAAGCCAUUGAUCGCCGGAUCUUUGGAACGCAAGAGUGGUCUGCUCAAGAAAUAUGACAAUGGCUUCUAUGUCGUUACUCCUGCCAAGUACCUGCACGAGUUCAAGACCGACGACGACUUCGCCAAGGACCCAACUCCUGAGAACAGUCUGUACCUUCCAGACUGCCUCAUUGGUGCUGUCGACGGUGUCAAGUUCAACGUCCGCGGAAAGGACAGCAGUGGUAGCGCGGUCGCUAACAAGAUGGCAAGGUCCAAGGAGUUCGCCUUCAAGGCACACACCCCAUCUGACGCUGAGAAGUGGCACGCGGUCAUCGCCAGUGUCGCAGGCCAGACCACCACCGAGAAGCUUGACAGCACACCUUCCAGCCCAGCAACUGGAAAGACAGAGUCACUGUCCAGCCCAACGAGUACGACUGGUGGUCCCGCUGGACAGACGGAAGGUGUGGUUGUCGCUGAUAAGGCUUAA